UCGGACUACACCGACAGUAAAUGCCGCCUGUUCCAGCCUCUGUGAGCCGGCGGACUGUAGCGGCUCUGUAACCGUGAGAGCCGGCGGAGCAGCGGUGUCCGCAGCCCGGCUCGCCUCUGUCCUGCCUUCACCCUCUUCACCACCGCGACUUCCACACUGCACAUACGAGGAUGUGCAGGGAGAUAAGGAGCGGCAAAGGUCAGCGCGCCGGAUCGAUGCUGUUAUCGGUGAUAAAGUAGACCCCGCCGUUCGAACAAAAAAAACCCAAAACGCGUGUUUUUCGCAUGAACCCUGGCAGCUGGAUCCCGCUCGGCGGCUCGGUCGUUUGCAGAGACUCAGGAUGAGGAAACCCAAAGUCACUCGGAUGGUUUUUGCCUUGUGUCUGGGAUGUUUCAUCAUGGUCAUCCUUUACUUUAACAGCAGUCUGAAGCCAGCCUCAGAGACGGUCGGUGAAAGAAGCAGUGGACAAAAGUCGAGAAGGAGUCCUCUCCAGACGCUUUAUGACGGUGACCAGGCUGAAUCAGCAGUACAGGCGAUCCAUCAGGGCAGACGGGAGGUGUUAGAUGAAGCCUGCCGCUCCUACACCCGCAAACGGAGAGUGCUCAUCCCUGAGGACCUGAAGCACGUCAUUGUGGAUGACCAGCAUGGCUUACUGUACUGCUAUGUGCCCAAAGUGGCCUGCACCAACUGGAAGCGGGUGCUCAUGGUCCUGACAGGUGUCGCUGGGUCCCUCCGAGACCCACUGGCAAUCCCUGCCAAUGAAGCCCACAUCCCUGGAAACCUCCGCACUCUGUCGGAGUACUCCACCUCACAGAUCAACCAGCGCCUGCGCUCCUACCUUAAGUUCGUCUUCGUACGUGAACCCUUUGAGCGGCUGGUCUCUGCGUAUCGCAACAAAUUCACACGGAGCUACAAUACUGCUUUUCAUAAACGAUAUGGCACAAAGAUAGUGCGGCGGCACAGACAGGACCCACAGCCAGAAGCUCUGGAGAGAGGAAACGACGUCUCUUUCGAGGAAUUUGUUUAUUACCUUGUGGACCCGGCAACCCAGCGAGAAGAGCCCUUCAACGAACACUGGGAGCGGGUGCACUCGCUGUGCCACCCCUGCCUCAUCCACUACGAUGUGGUGGGUAAAUACGAGACGCUGGAGCAGGACUCCCGCUACGUGCUACAGCUGGCUGGGGUGGAGGACCAGGUCAGCUUCCCUGCCUCAUCCAAGAGCACGAGGACUACAGGAGACAUGGCGGCCCAGUUCUUCCAUAACAUCAGCCCCUUCUACCAGAAGAAACUGUACAACCUCUAUCGCAUGGACUUCCUGCUCUUCAACUACUCGAUACCAGCCUACCUCAAGUUUAGAUGAGGCUGGGACAUCACUCAUCCACGGACUCAACUUGAUCAUGUAGAGACUGGACGCUUGUUUCUCUCUGUGUAGGCCUUGUCAAGGACAUGCAAAUACUGCUGUAUCCUGAGAAGUCCAAAGUAAAUUAAUAUUUACAGACUGAAGAACUGUGCACACAAAGGAUACAAGUAUGAGAGGAUGCUUAAUUGCAGAAUGACUGUUGUUGCCUAAAGAAGGCAUAUCAUAUUUUACUGUAAAGUGAUCCAGUGGAUGUCGGUCACUGCCUUUGAAAGUGUGAAAUACAGCUCAAAUUUUGGUUUAACUUAAUUUCAUCUGCUGUUUAAAAAGUAUAAUUUGCACGAAAAAUGUAAUCUGCGGUAACUUCAUGAAAGUAUUAAAAUCAUAUUCAGACAGUAGGGUUGGGUACCCAACUCAAUACUUUUGGUAUUGACUAAAUUACACCAGUACUACCGAGUACAGAUUCAUGUUAAAUCCAUUGGUGCCAGAUGCAAGUGCACCUGAGAGCAUAUCUGAGUAAGAAUGCUGGAUUUAGAAUAAAAAAGCAGAGUGCAGUGAAGUGCUCUAUAUCUAUAUAUAUAUA